CCAAUGAAUUUCACCGUUUUGUUUAGAUAUCCCAUGAGAAAAACCGCAAGCGCGUGCGUCAUUGACUGGAGCCGAUAUUUUUGUGGUAAUAAUCUCGCCUGGAGACUAUGACAGAUUACCGCUCUAGGUGAGCCGAAUUUACGGUCGACUUGCUGGUUAUAACUGGUCGCCCAAUUAGUGGGUUUGCCUCGUCUCUUAGAUUACAGUUAGUGCACACAAACCCUCGAGGAUCGAUCAGCAAACAAAUCGACAACAUAGAGGGUUCGACAACACAGAGGGCUGUGAGUAGAAUGGAGUGGUGGACUACGCGUGUGUCGGAAGACGACUGCGAGCCGAACGAGGGUUCCAGCGAGCGCCAGUCACUGGGAAACCCCGAGCGACGGCGGACCGACUGAAACCCAGAGAGAGCGAACAAAUGAACGUCGUCCACAUAUUCCCAACCAUAAAUAUUUGCAAUUGACGAUCGAUUGUUGAACGACUGCUGUUUCAUUACCUAUUCAAACAUACACAUCGCUAUAGCAGCUAAGCUGUCAAUCAAAACGAAAGCAAACUGGAUUCAAAUCGGGAAAACACUGGUAGCAGGCUAUCUCCACGGCCAGCCACAUGGACCAAACGCACUAACUACAGAGGAGUAAAGACCAUGUCGUCAGGAGGGGAGGGGGAUAGGGAAACCGAAUCCCUCCUGUCCCCAGAGGUUCGGGAGGAGUAUGAUAUAAUGGAAAGAUGGAUGGAUGAGCACACCGAGUUUGUUCAUGAUUAUUUUGCACGCAAAGCUCGGCGCAGCAUGGUGGAUGGAUGGCUGAUCGCUCAUGCGAUAAGUCACAGUGGAUUACCAAUCCAGUCGGAUAGUCAGAGCAAUUCCAGCGGAUCCAACUCAAAACCAAGUUCGGGUACCAACACACCCGUGCGAAAGAUUUCUGCGCAGGAGUUUGACAAGGGAGGGAUGCUGAAGCCUAUAUUAUCAACAGUGGAUGGAACCCCUACCUUCCUUGGUCCCGUUAACCUCUCGGCAUCCCUAAACUCACAACAGUCAAAACUGCGCAAAUCGAAAAGUGAGUUAAAAGCCCUUGACGAGAAGGAACUUAUGUAUGAGCUUGUGAUUGACAUAUGUAAUGAUCUAGAUGUGACCAGUCUCUGUUACAAAAUACUCCUCAACAUGUGUAUUCUGCUUAAUGCAGACAGAACUUCUCUCUUUCUCGUUCAGGGAAAAGGUACCAAUGAGAAAUGGCUUGUCUCUAAACUGUUUGAUGUUGGUAGCACCUCUUCCUAUGAAGAUAUUAAACACAGGGAGCAAGAGAUUAGAAUUCCAUGGGGUACCGGGAUCAUUGGUUAUGUUGGAAAAACUGGAGAAGUUGUCAACAUACCAGAUGCCUAUCAAGAUCCUCGGUUUAACAGUGAUAUUGAUGUGCAGAUGGGAUACAAGACGCGUAGUAUUCUUAGCAUGGCUAUUAAGGAUUCUGAAGGGGAGGUAAUCGGAGUUGCACAGGCAAUUAACAAGAAUAGUUUCAAGGAUGAGCCGUUUGAUGAACAUGAUGAAAAGGUUUUUGUUUCAUAUCUUGCAUUUUGUGGAAUCGGAUUGAAGAAUGCUCAAUUGUAUGAAAAAUCACAAAUGGAGAAUCGAAGGAAUGAGGUUUUGUUGGAUUUGGCUCGGAUAAUAUUUGAAGAGCAGAACAACCUGGCCAACUUGAUCUACAAGAUCAUGAUGCACACCCAGUCUCUCCUCCAGUGUGAGCGCUGUCAGGUGCUGCUCGUCGACGAGCUCACCAAGAUGUGUUGUGGCAGUGACCAAGGCUUGUUUUCUCAGGUCUACGACCUCCAGGCGAGUGACUUCGACAAUGAUGACACGUACAACCGAGAAGGUCCUCAUGAGCCACGGUUUCCUAUUAACAUUGGCAUUACUGGUUACGUUGCUACAACAGGAGAGACUCUAAACAUCCCUGAUGUCUAUGAAGAUGACAGAUUUGAUCCAUCAGCUGAUGAAGGAACUGGUUUUCGAACCCAUGGUAUCCUGUGUAUGCCAAUCAGGAACGCGAGUGGCAAGGUUAUUGGAGUGAGCCAGCUCGUCAACAAGCUGGAUGGCACCUCGUUCACAAAGAAUGAUGAAAAUCUCUUUGAGGCAUUUUCCAUUUUCUGUGGAAUGGGAAUCAGCAACACACAGAUGUACGAGAUGACAGUGCGGUCGAUGGCCAAACAGCAAGUGGCACUAGAGGUUCUAUCUUACCAUGCCAUCGCUCCUAUGGAAGAAGCUCAGAGGUUGCGGAAACUCUCCAUUCCAUCCGCAUCCCACUUCAAUCUGCUGGACUACAAUUUCAGCGACUUCUGUCUUGAUGAUGACGGCACUCUGAGGGCCACAAUUAGGAUGUUCAUAGACCUUGACCUUAUAGAAAACUUUAGAAUAAAUUAUGAGACGCUGUGUAGAUGGCUGCUGAGUGUGAAGAAAAACUAUCGCAAUGUGACUUACCACAACUGGAGACAUGCCUUUAAUGUGGCACAGACCAUGUUCUGUAUGAUCAAGGUUGGACAUAUGGGUAAUGUGUUAACUAACACAGAAAUUCUGGCUCUUAUUGUUGGAUGUCUGAGUCACGAUCUUGAUCAUCGAGGAACAAAUAACCAGUUUCAACUCAAAACAUCCUCCCCUUUAGCCGAACUCUACUCUACCUCAACGCUAGAACAUCACCACUUUGACCAGUGUAUCAUGAUAUUAACAACCAAGGGUAGUGACAUCCUGUGCCAUGUGCCGCAGACCGACUAUGAACAGAUCCUCCAGCUCCUGGAAGGUGCUAUUCUCGCCACCGACCUCGCCCUCUACUUCAGGUAUCGUGGAACUUUCUUUGAGCUGGUGAAGAAACAGUGUGCUGAUUGGAGAAACGAAGACCACCGAGACUUGCUCCGUUCCAUGCUGAUGACUGCGUCAGACGUGGCUGCGAUCUCGAAACCAUGGGAAGUUCAGAAAAAGGUAGCAAUGCUGGUUGCCAGUGAGUUCUUUGAACAAGGAGACAUCGAAAAAGAGACUCUUAAAAUCAAACCUGUCGCGAUGAUGGAUCGAGAACAGAUCGACAAACUUCCCAGUAUGCAAGUAGACUUUAUUGAUGGCAUUUGUCUGCCUGUGUAUGAGGCCAUUGCCAAAGUGUCCCCGUCGUUGAGUCCAUUGUUACAUGGCUGUCAGGUGAACCGAUCCAACUGGCAGAAGGUGGCUGAGAACCGGGACACGAAGCUGGAGGACGAGCAGAUCCCAGAGAACACUGAGAAAGACAAGAACGAGGAUGAAGUGAAGCACGACAACACUUCCUGACAGUUGCUGUGCUGUAGGAUUGUGUAGUCCGACGACACUUCCUGACAGUCGCUGUGCUGUAGGAUUUGGUAGUCCGACGACACUUCCUGACAGUCGCUGUGCUGUAGGGUUGUGUAGUCCGACGACCCUUCCUGACAUUCGCUGUGCUGUAGGGUUGUGUAGUCCGACGACGCUUCCUGACAGUCGCUGUGCUGUAGGAUUGUGUAGUCCGACGACCCUUCCUGACAGUCGCUGUGCUGUAGGAUUGUGUAGUCCGACGACACUUCCUGACAGUCGCUGUGCUGUAGGGUUGUGUAGUCCGACGACCCUUCCUGACAUUCGCUGUGCUGUAGGGUUGUGUAGUCCGACGACGCUUCCUGACAGUUGCUGUGCUGUAGGGUUGUGUAGUCCGAUGACGCUUCCUGACAGUCGCUGUGCUGUAGGAUUGUGUAGUCCGACGCCGCUUCCCUGUAGGAUUGUGUAGUCCGACAAC